CUUGGGGAUUUCUUGUAACUGUUACUUUUAGUGUUCAUUAUUAUCUGAUUAAAUGUACUAAUGCAAUCCUUUUUUUAUCCUGUUUUUUCUGUAUCUUUUCUUAUUUGUUAUACAUUUAAUCGCUUGGUUUUAUCGGGAAGUAUUGGCAACUGUUUUAGUAUGCCUGUUUUUAUUUAUCAUCUUGUUUUUUACUUUAUUGCAUAGAACUUUGAACAACAUUCCCUGAAUAACACAACAACAAAAAACAAGAACAAAAGAAAUUGGGAAUUGUGUUAUGUGGAUAUUACAGAAAUAUCCUUAUAUCUUGUUCUUCUGUUAUUGGUGUUUGGAUCAUUUGCCUUAGUAGCCUAAUCAGAUCUUUUACGUGAAAAUAGUAAUACAAAUAUAUUCUGUACAGUAUUUCAUUUUUACAUUCUUUUUUAGCCCAUCUUAUUCUGUUGCCAUAACUACACUAGCUACUGUGCAUUUGAUAAUAGAACCAUUGAACAUUUCGAAAACGUAAAUACACUCUUUUACAAGUAAAGGCAGUAACGUAGGCAAGUAUUUAGAGACCUAAAAAUUGCACUCACUUGAAGAACAUCGUAGUUUCUUCCCUCCAGUGUUUUUGUUUGUUUGCAGGUCGUCAGCAGCAGAUGGCAGGAGAGGCCGUGGAAACGUCUGCUCUGACGUCAGUCCUGCCCGCCCGUACCUGUCACCUGACCAAUGCGGAAGUCAACAAACCGGUGUUUGUUUUGCUCUUCAUCUUUGUCAAAAGGCAAAUUGUGCGAUUUGCCAUGAAGUCUCGGAGAGGACCACAUGUUCCAAUCGGCCACAAUGCUCCCAAGGAGCUGAGACAAGAAAUUGAAGCCAAACUUUGCCAGGUCCAGAAAAUCCACUUUGAGCCUCGUCUGCUGUCCCUAGAUGACGACCGGCUAAAGCACAGAGAACAGUCUGGUUCUCAUAACUUCCUGUAUAGGAUGAAAGCACUGGAUGCCAUCAGAGACACCGAUCUACCUUUCCGUGAACUCGGCGGCACACCUACCGCUGUGACGGGUAAAAGACUUCGGACGUGGCUUCUGCAGCUACGAAAGUCCCAGUGCAUGUUCCAAAACAGUCUGAGCUCGCUCAUCGACAAGGUGCUGGACGGAUACAACAAAGCCCGUCACGGGGCAGAGGCUUUUGGUGAAGCAGAGUUUUUGAAAUACCAGGAAGCACUGACUGAACUGGCCUCUGUCGUGAAGUCUCGCAGCAGCAGCAGCACUCCGAGCCAGCACCACCACUCGGCCGCCAAAGACCUGAUCGGCACCUCGGAGCCAAUGAGCUCCUCCUCCUCCUCCCCCACCCAAACCACCUACCUCACAUCGUCGAUGCAGCAGCGCAGCAAGCGGCCCAGACACUUCCUGGAGCUGAAGAACUUCAAAGACAACUACAACACUCUGGACAGUUCGUUCUGAAAAUAUGUGACUCGCACCUGAGAGAAAGGUCAAAGACAAGGUAGAGCUUCCUGUGAUUUAAGUGCCUACAGAUCGGUAGUUUAGGGUGAAAUGAAAAAGCACUGCCUUCAUAUACUAACACAUAUUGCCUAGUUCAAAGUAUAAUGCACUUCAAACUGCUCUACCUAGCCUAUGCAUAUAUCCUGUAUUAAUGCAUGUACAAGUGUUAUAUUAGGUAGAAAAUGACUAUAGUGAGUUACUAUGGUAAGUAGGGUUGAUUUGACCAAAACAACACUGGAGCUCUCGGCUAUGCAAUGGCACACACAUACAUGACAAUCAGUAUUUAUUGCACAAUUAUAAAAGCCUAUGCAGAAUUGUUAUAAUUAACCAAGUGUAUUUAAAUGCUAACAAUGUUUGUAGAUAAAUCCCAGUGUUAAUAGUUGAAAAACACACACUGUUUAUGUCACUUAUGUUUACAUCUAUGUAUGUCUCUGCGGUUCAUUUGCUGUUUUUAGCCUUAAACAUGUUUUACAGAAGCCAUACUUGAUUUAAUGAAUUGUGAUUAUUAAGUGCUCUUAAGAUUUAAUCAGAUCUCUCAGUGGAAUGUAAUUUAACUGUUUCCCAGUGCAUUUAUGCAAUUAUAAUGUAGCAUCAGGGGAGAUCUCUUUUUAAAAAGGUUGACUGGCCCCCAGAUGUCUGAAAUGUUUGUUAAUUCUCGUAUCAGGGGAACAUUCAGGUGAAUUAUUAUUUUCUGUGAUGCUUAUUGUAUAAGUUGCCAUCCGAAUAAAACAGUGACAUGCAGUCAAAAUGUU